AUGCCUGAGAUGCUUUCACCCGGCGGAGCUCUAGUAGGCGCAGGACUGGGGAAGAAAGUGGCUUUAGUUACUGAUGGACGGUUCAGCGGAGCCAGCCAUGGCAUUAUGAUUGGUCACGUGUCACCUGAAGCACAAGUAGGCGGUCCAAUAGCGCUUAUACAGAAUGGAGAUAUAAUUGUCAUUGAUCCGCAAAGUGCAACCCUUGAGGUGGUACGUCAAAAUGAUUCUUAAAAAGUGAAGCUGUUACAUGCAUGCCUAUUAUUACCAUAACAUACUUGCAGAGCCUUCUAAGACGCACAGCAAGGUUGCAAGUCCGCUAACAUGUACUGUCUUGUCAUGUCAUGUUAUGCCAUGUCUUUCAUGUGAAAUUAUGUCUUGUCAAGUCAUGUAAUGUUGUGUCAUGUCAUGAGAUGUUAAGGCAUGUGGCUUAUGAAAGGACAACAGUUCGUGUCUUCUUAAUGCAUUACAAUUCAUGUACAUUAUAUUAAAUUUACACUAUAUAUUACACACGUUGCUAUCAGGGUCAUUAAAAAAACACAUGGCAUGUCUAGCCUUCUCAAUCGGUGGGAAAAACUUUUAUGAUUUACGAUUAUCAUUUAAACAUUAGAAAAAUGUACUGUUGGUAUGAAAUUGAGGACGGCAAACAUGAGAUUUUUUUUUUUCCUUUCUCCACACUUGUGACAUGUGAAAUGGCUUUGUUUCGUAAUUCCGAUCGUAUUCGUAAUACAGUUGUAGCGUAUUUUACCAAAAAAAAGCCAGCCUCUUUACGCAGCCUAUUUAUAUAUUUAAUUAAUUAAUUUAUUUUAUUUAUCCAUAUUGUCAUAAAACGUGUUCCGUUAAAACUAAAAUUAAAAAUUAAAAUUUUGCUCUUUAGGAACUCUCUGAUGAAGUGUUGAGUGAGCGAAAGAAACAAUGGCAGCCACCUCCACGGAAACUCGUAGGAUUACUUCAUAAGUAUACAAAAGUAGUUUCCAGUGCUCAUGAAGGAGCGGUUACCCACUAAUCAAACUAAAAGACAGCCCUAGCGUCUUGUUCUUUGCCCUUCCCGAAGACCCAGUAUUAUAGCGGACGUCCGCUCAUUCAUAGUAGCUUCAACGAUAAAUACGGAAUGAA